UGUCUAUAAAGUUGUGGACUUUCUCGCCGCCAUUGUCACGUCUCACGUGCGCGCCACCACCACCCCAUGCAGACCCAGCAGCAGUAGCGGCACGGCUCUCCUCUCUCGUCUCGUGCACCACGCCGCCGCGCGCGCUCGCUUUGCUUCGAGAGUAAUCGAUGGCCGUGGAGGAGUCGCCGCCGCCGCCGCCGUCGUCCCCGCCGCCGCCGCCGUCGUCCCCGCAGCCAGCGGCGGAGGUCGGCGCGGGGGGACGGCGCGCGGACAAGAGCGGGCGCCGCCUCGAGGUGUACAGCGAGGUACUCGCCCGCCUCCGGGGCCUCGGCGCCGCCGCCCCCGUCGAGAUCUCGCCGGCCUACGAGGACGCGCUCUGGGCCCACUUCCACCGCCUCCCCGCCCGGUACGCGCUGGAUGUGCACGCGGAUAGGGCGGAGGACGUGGUGACGCACCACCGGUUGCUGGAGGAGGCGCGCGAUCCGGACCGGCGGCCCGCCUUGUCGGUGCGCGUCGUCCAGGUUUCUAGGAUUCUUGAUGGUGAUAUGGAUGAUUGUUCUGAGCUUGGGAUGGAGCCGGUUCAUACCAACCACUUGGCAAGACAAAUGGUUCAUCCCCCUCCUGCCUUUGGUUCUUGCUCCAACUUAGAGGCACUUGCGCUCGAGGCGAGUGAGGCUAAUCUAAGGAGCAGUAACAAUGAUGAAGAUAGCAGUGUUCAUCUCAUUUCCAGGCCAAUGCAUGAGAUAACUUUUGCAACAACUGAUAAGCCAAAGGUCCUUAGUCAGCUGACUUGCUUGCUUAGUGAGCUUGGUCUUGACAUCCAAGAAGCGCAUGCAUUUUCAACAAGUGAUGGUUACUCAUUGGAUGUAUUUGUUGUCACUGGUUGGCACCUUGGGGGUACUGAGCAGCUAAAAGAAAAGUUGCUGGAGAAGUUUCAUGACAUUGAGACACAAGCUUGGCCAACAUCAAACUCAUCGUCACAAUCAUUGGAAGGUCCGUCAGGUGGAGAGAGUAUGCCAUCUACCAGUGUGGAAAUACCAACAGAUGGGACGGAUGUUUGGGAGAUAGAUCUCAAGCUUCUCAAGUUUGGAACCAAGGUUGCUUCUGGAUCAAAUGGCGAUCUGUUCCGUGGAUCAUACUGCAGUCAGGAUGUAGCUAUUAAAGUAGUGAGACCUGAACGCAUUAGUGCAGAUAUGUACCGUGAUUUUGCACAGGAAGUCUACAUUAUGAGAAAGGUCCGCCAUAGAAAUGUUGUACAGUUUAUCGGUGCCUGUACAAGACAGCCCAACUUAUAUAUUGUAACAGAUUUCAUGUCAGGAGGUAGUCUGCAUGAUUACCUUCAUAAAAAGAACAAUUCUUUCAAGCUAUCCGAAAUACUGAGAGUGGCGACAGAUAUCUCUAAAGGAAUGAACUAUCUGCAUCAGAACAACAUAAUUCACCGUGAUCUCAAGACAGCGAAUCUUCUUAUGGAUGAAAACAAGGUCGUAAAGGUUGCAGAUUUUGGUGUUGCACGUGUCAAAGAUCAAUCCGGAGUGAUGACUGCAGAGACUGGAACUUAUCGUUGGAUGGCACCUGAGGUCAUUGAACAUAAGCCCUAUGAUCAUAAAGCAGAUGUUUUUAGCUUUGGUAUUGUUCUAUGGGAGCUGCUAACUGGCAAGAUACCCUAUGAGUACCUAACACCACUACAAGCAGCCAUAGGUGUUGUUCAGAAGGGCCUUAGACCAACAAUUCCGAAAGAUACGCACCCCAAGCUGUCUGAGCUGCUUCAGAAAUGCUGGCAUAGAGAUCCUGCUGAAAGGCCUGACUUCUCCCAGAUACUGGAGAUUCUUCAGAGACUCCCCAAAGAGGUGAGAGCUGAUACCGAGGGUCGCCAGAAAUCAAAGGCAGGAUUUCUUUCAGCAUUGAAGAGAAACCACUGAAAGUAGCUUAUACAAUGUUGGUGCAUCAUUCAAUUGUAGCAUCCCACAACAAGAGGGAAGCGCAUUGUGGUGUACAGUGAUUAAAAAAAAAGUAUUUCUUACGUUGUUGCAGCUUUGUUUUUUUUGCUUAUUUAGUUUUUUUUUCAGCUUUUUGGUUUCUUUUGCUGUUGUUUUUCUUGUUCUAGUUUUGUUGCAUUAAUGAGAACAAGUAUAGAAAAAGGAAUGUGCUGAAAAGAGUUGUACAAAUUGAUCCUGUUUUCUUGUUCAUGUCUGAAUUCCGAUUUUCUCCUCCUAUGUUGUA